AUGUCAGGAGAGAAAAAAGAGGCUUUAAAGAAUGCCCUGCCGCCCAUUCCCGGCUGUGACACGGAUGGUCAAACCUACAAAUCCGCUGAAGAAAUGUGGGCAGCUGAGCUUCGUGGGAACUUGUACGACGCUGAAACCGGAUGGUACGGAAAGUCCCUGCAGUACUGGUCAAAAGUGCCGGCGACAGUAAGUGGUGUGCUGGGCGGUAUGGAACACAUCCACGAUGUAGAUCUCAAGGAGUCUCGGGCAUUUAUCACAUCCAUACCCGACCGUGGCACCUCCCGCGCAUUGGAUUGCGGUGCCGGUAUUGGUCGCGUCACGAAAUGUUUACUUAGCACGUUGUAUACAGUCACAGAUUUGUUGGAGCCGGUGGAAAACAUGCUUGAAAAGGCCAAGGAAGAACUCAAAGGGUAUCCAGUGGGAGAAUUUUUUCUCUCUUCUAUGGAGACAGUCAAUCUAAAGCCAAAUACGUAUGAUCUGAUUGUCAUUCAGUGGACAGCAAUUUAUUUAACAGACGACGAUUUCGUGAAGUUCUUGGCUCACUGCAAAACAGCACUUACUUUGAGGGGUUAUAUUUUCUUUAAGGAAAACUGCAGUUGUGAUGAACGAUUUGUCGUCGACAAGGAGGACAGCAGUUUAACACGAUCGGAUGCACAUUACAAGCGAAUCUUUGCCGCAGCGGGGGUAGAGGUUGUGAAGGAGACGAUGCAAAAGGAGUGGCCAGAUGACUUAUUCAAAGUAAAGAUGUAUGCACUGCGUUAA